AUGGUUACCGUCAAGAAACCUCAGCCUUUCAAGAAGGCCCUCUACUUCUCGGAAGAGGAGUUGCAGGAGCGAAGAAAUAGAGCCCUCGAGCUGAUGAAGAGGGAAAACCUCGAUGGAUUCCUCAUGACCAAGCAAGAGUCCCUGUACUACUUCACUGGCUUUGACACCUUUGGGUAUGUCUUCUUUCAGGCCAUGUACUUCCAUAAUGAUGGACGAAUGCGUCUCAUCACUCGAUCUCCCGAUCUGCGCCAAGCGCUCUACACAUCUGUCCUAGAGAAGAAGGAUAUUCUCAUUCGAUCAGAUGACGCAUCAAGCAACCCCGUGUCUCUGGUUCCCGAGGUGCUGAAAGAGUUUGGAAUCAACUCGCCCUCCAAGAGAAUCGGCUAUGAGCCCGACUCUUGCACGCUGAACCUCCGAGUUGGACAGCUCCUACUCGAGGCAGUGAAGGGAGUCUGCACCUUGGUUGAUCACAGCACUCUCUUCGGCCGGGAAUUGAGACUUGUCAAGUCUGAAGCUGAGAUGCGAAAGAUCCGCAAGGCAGCUUAUCUUGUUGACUUCGCCCUUGUGCGCGCUUUGAAGCUGGCCAAGCCUGGCGCGUACGAAGGCGACCUCUGGCGAGAGAUUGUCGGCACAGUCUACGAAGGUGGCGGCGAUGAUCCAGCCAACGAAAACAUUCUCGUAUCGGGAAACAAAGCAGUUCUUACGCGCUACUCUACGGGCAAGUCCAAGAUCGACCGACAAAUCACUCUAGAACAUGCCGCCGCCUACAAGCACUACCAUGCGUGUUUAAUGCGGACAAUUCCUCUCGGCGGUGUCACCAAGCUAGCCCGGCGUAUGCACGAGGUGAACGUCCUGCAGAUGAAAGCCGCCAUGGAGGCUCUAAAGCCUGGCAAGGAAAUCGGCGACGUGUUCGAGGCGUAUGCCCGUGUGGCCGAUGAGAACGGGUUCAGCGAGCAGCGUCUAAGUGCUUGCGGCUACAGCAUGGGCGCUACCUUCUCGCCAACGUGGAUGGAUUUUCCCAUGUUCGUGCGAGGUCAAAACGUCAUUGCGAAGAAGGGCAUGGUGUUUUUCAUCCAUAUUAUCCUCAUGGAUAUGGCAACCGACACUGCCAGCUCGGUUGGACAGACUGUCGAGGUUACGGAUGACGGGUGCGUCCCGUUGUCCAAGUUGCCUUUCUGCCUUACUCGUAAGCAGACACUUGCUGCUUGGAAGAAGAUUAAGAAGGAGGACUAUGGUUUUACUGCUGAGGAGGAAGAUGAGGGUGAAAACCUGCAGGAUGUUGAGCUCUCUGAUGGUGAUGUGGAUGAGGAAGAUUUUGAUAUCGAGUAUGAUUUUAGUGAAUACCAGCCAGCUGCUUAG